AUGAGUUACCCUGGCUAUCCCCCAGCGGGGGGAUAUCCCCCAGCAGCCCCAGGUAGCAGUCCUUGGGGUGGUGCUGCCUAUCCACCUUCAAAUCCACCUCCAAUUGGUCUAGAAAACGUGGCUGGCUACGCCAAUCAGUUCAAUCCCAACUACAUGGCUGGAAUGGCAUCCAACCUGGCAGGGACCUUUGGAGGGACAAACGUACCACAAGGCGUAUACCCUUCAACACCUGGGGGUUAUCCUCCAGUCCCUCCAGGUGGCUUUGGGCAACCUCCAUCAGGACAACAGCCUUCUUAUGGAGGGUAUCCUCCAGCUGGAUAUCCACCAUCAGGAAUGUCAGCUUACCCAGGAUACCCAGGCGGCCCUGCGUCAGGCCAGCCCACACCACCGCCUGGUCAGCAGCCUAUGACCUAUCCAGGACAACCACCAGCAACUUACCCAGGGCAGCAGCCCGUGCCAAAUUAUCCACCAGGCCCAGCUGUGAAUCCGUCUAUGCCCUCUUACCCAGGAACUACAGGGCCUACAGUCUCUCCUGUAACACAUGGAAACCGAGGCACAAUCACCGAUGCACCAGGAUUCGACCCUCUGAAGGAUGCAGAAGUCUUAAGGAAGGCAAUGAAGGGAUUCGGAACUGAUGAACAGGCGAUUAUCGAUUGUCUUGGAAGUCGUUCAAACAAGCAACGGCAGCAGAUCAUCCUGUCCUUCAAAACAGCUUAUGGAAAGGAUUUGAUCAAGGAUCUCAAGUCUGAGCUAUCAGGUAACUUUGAGAGGACAAUCUUAGCAAUGAUGAAGACACCUGUCAUGUUUGAUGCUUAUGAAAUCAAGGAAGCUAUAAAGGGCGUUGGCACAGAUGAAAACUGUCUCAUUGAAAUCUUAGCUUCUCGCAGUAAUGAGCAUAUUCAGGAACUCAACAGAGUCUAUAAAGCAGAAUUUAAGAAAACUCUGGAGGAAGCAAUAAAAAGUGAUACGUCUGGGCACUUUCAGAGGCUUUUAAUUUCACUUUCUCAGGGAAACAGAGAUGAAAGUACAAAUGUUGACAUGGGUCUUGUCCAAAAAGAUGUGCAGGAGCUAUAUGCAGCUGGAGAGAACCGUCUAGGAACUGAUGAAUCCAAAUUCAAUGCCAUUCUGUGCGCAAGAAGCAGGGCCCACCUCAGAGCAGUCUUCAGCGAGUACCAGAGAAUGUGUAACCGGGACAUUGAAAAAAGCAUUUGUCGUGAAAUGUCUGGAGACCUGGAAAAGGGCAUGCUGGCAGUAGUUAAGUGCCUCAAGAACACACCAGCUUUUUUUGCAGAGCGAUUGCAGAAAGCUAUGAAGGGUGCGGGAACAAAAGACAGAACUCUGAUUCGAAUCAUGGUAUCGCGCAGCGAGGUUGACCUGCUGGACAUACGCGCAGAAUAUAAGCGGAUGUAUGGCAAAUCCCUCUACACAGAUAUCACUGGUGAUACUUCAGGAGACUACCGGAAAAUCCUACUCAAGUUGUGUGGUGGAAAUGACUAAAUGGAGCAUUGAGCUUUUCUUAAA